AUGGCGGGAGCUACGAUGAAAGCUGUUUACUAUACCGCUCCUCGUGAAUUUGACAUUCGCGACGUCACUGUGCCGCAGAUUGGCGACAGCGAAGUAUUAAUCAAAGUGUCUAGCUGUGGAAUCUGCGGAACAGACAGCCAUAUUCAUGGCGGCGAAUUCAUCGCCAAGUUUCCGCUCAUUCCUGGGCAUGAAGUUGUGGGCCGAAUCGCCAGGGUAGGAAAGAAUGUGGUGGGCUUUUCUCCAGAGGACCGCGUUGUCGCAGAUCCCAGUAUAGUUUGUGGCUCCUGCUUCUAUUGUCGUCGGGGAAAGCCGCUCCUGUGCGAAAACUAUCUAGGUCGAGGUGUGAGUGUGCCGGGAGGCUUCGCAGAAUAUGUGGCCUUCGAUGCAAGCAAGGUAUACAAGAUUUACAAUCUCUCCGACGAAGAGGCAAUUCUCGUUGAGCCAACCGCUUGCGCUAUCCACGGGAUGGACAAGUUGAAUGCUCCUGUUGGGGUGGAAGUCCUUAUUAUCGGUGCUGGCCCCACAGGUCUGGUCCUCGCGCAGUUGUUAAAGCUUAACGGCGCUUCAAAGGUGGUGAUUGCUGCUAACAAAGGGAUCAAGACCGAUAUUGCAAAGAGCCUGGAUGCUGGGGAUGUGUAUAUCGAGCUUGACAGGGACAACGCGGAUGCUCAGUGGGCUAAAAUCAAGCAGGAUUAUCCUUACGGAUUCGAUGUUGUGGUCGAAGCAACUGGCGCAGAAAAGAUCGCAAACGAUUCGAUCAAUUACGUGCGCCGAGGCGGUACUCUUCUGAUCUACGGCGUCUACAGCGAUGAAGCGCUUGUGCACUGGCCGCCGUCGAAGAUUUUUGGCGAUGAGAUAAAUAUUAUAGGCUCCUUCGCUCAAAUGUACUGCUUCCCACGAGCAGUCGAGUAUCUGGACAGCGGAAAGAUCAAAGUGAAAGGAAUGGUCACCGACACAUUUACCAUCUCAGAAUAUCAGGCAGCGUUGGAUAAGAUGAGCAGUCGCGGGGCCUUGAAAAUUGCUGUCAAGCCGAACUGAACGGAAUAUAACGACAGAAAGAUACAUCGAUGGAUUUUUUUUUCAGGAAUAAAAAUAAGUCGUUCACUGAGAGUCGACACACUGUCGACACGCC